AAGAUGGCGGCAUCGUGACUUUUGCAUCCGCUGUGACACAAAUUAAACAAAGAAGAACAUGGCGGAAGAAGGUACAGCAAACAGUCACCCUGCAGAGAGCAUGAAAUAACGACAUUGAGCUACAGAUAUGUCUGCAGGUUGUCUCAGGUGGGUGCUAAGCCACGCAUUGAGAGCUGUAUGUGGUGACAGCCGUGCCUGCUGGACACCAGCAUCUAGAUUUACCAUAUGCAGCGGAAGAUCCAACAUCAUCACUUCCUCCUGGAGAUGUUCUCCAUUCUCUACUGCUGUAGAUGACACAAAAGAGACUCCGCCACCAAAGAAAAAAAAGCAGGAUCCCAGAGGUCAUGCCACACUCAGCAACGUUGGCCACAGCAUCCCACAGCGUGAGAUACAGGUGAUUAGUGAGACAGGCGAGAACCUGGGCAUCAUGCACCGUGCAAAUGUUAUCAGAAUGAUGGACACGCAGGGUCUCAAAUUGGUGCUACUCAGUGGAAGCAAAGAUCCUCCCGUCUACAAGCUGAUGAGCGGCAAACAGAUCCACGAAGAGAAGAUGAAACUGCGGGAGAAGCAGAAAGCAAAACCAGCCCCUGUGCAGGUGAAAGAGGUCAGCUUUUCAUCCGGCAUCGCAGCUCAUGACCUCUCCACCAAGCUAAAACAAGUGGAGAGUUGGCUGGAGAAGAAGAACCAUGUUAGAAUCACUCUGCGAUCACGACGCUGGACACCUGCAGACAACCUGGACCAAGCUCUGGAGCAGAUUGUGCAACAAUUGGAGGUGACAGUGGGGUUUGUCGCCACGCCAAAACUCAUACAAGAGGGUCGGGCAGCCAUGUGCAUCAUCCGACCACCUUCAGCAAAAGAACUGUUGAAAAUGAAGAAAGAGGCUGCAGCUUUGCAGUCUGCUGACUCAAAUCUGACAGCCACAGAGAGCAAAACAUCUGAUAGCGACACGGACACGACAGAUGGGCCUAUACAGCAGUGAUCUGAUGGAAAUAAAACAUUCUCAGAAAACGAAUUGACGUCUGUGCAUAAAUGUCACAGUUUGGUGUAAAGUCCUUCAGCAGACUCUACUCAAAGUGUAUUGUGUAGGUAUUUAACAGAGCUUGAUGCAUCCAGCAGAAGGAGCUAACCAUCAGUCCUCUAAACGAUUCAAAGCUGGCACAGCUACACUGGUACCAAAAUGUUUUGCAUGUGCAGAGGGAAGUUUUCGUUUUAACACUGUAUUCACUUUUAAUACAUCUGUACUCUGAAAUAUCAGCCAAUAAUCAGCUGAAUAACUGGCUAGCUAGUUGCUUUUAUUUUCACUGUCACAGGCCCUAGUUAUGACUGAAUUUUAUUUGGUAAGUGCAGGUCACCAUCCAAAGGUUUCAUCCCUAAAAACACACACUUGGGGUGCACCAUGUUACCUGUCAUCUCUCCACUAAAAACAAAACACGAGGACAUUUUACUGACUUGCAUUUAUUCCUCUGGAGCUUUACCUAACCGUAACUAGAACUGUCACAUGCCUUACCCCAAUCAUUAUCCUUAUCUUAUCCUUAAAAUACAAAUUGGUGGUAAAGGAAAAAAAUAACAGUAUCUUAGUGAGUUGUUGGGCCACCAUGAUCCUCCACAACAGUUUUAAUGCUCCUUGUUACAGAUUCUCCACAUGUGGUGACCUCUAGUGGACUGAAGAGACCAAACCAUUAAAGACAAAAAUGUUUAAUCAUUUAGAUUUGAGUCAGUCAGAUUUUUCCCUUUUGCCAUCUUGAUCCAAAAUUGAGGUUAGCUGGGCCUUAAAACUACACAGGGUGCCUACUGGUCCUAAAAAAAAAAUCAUAAAAUGUCAAAGAUGUAAAAAGUCAUCAAAUAGUAUUAAAUUUGAAUUUCUGAGGUCUUAACUUCAAUAAAUAUUUUAUCUAAUUUAA